CCUUCCCUCAAGCUAAUGUCAAAAUGGACAUUCGAAUGGACAUUUCCAGGAAGUUUUAAACAUGUAGUUGUAUAUGAUUUAAAAAAUCAUUUUGAACAUCAGACAAUACAAGGAAAUCUUUAAGAACAGAGUAAACAUGAGUCUGAGGACAGUUUUGGAAAGAUUGGCCCUAUACAGUGUGGCUUCAAUGCUGUUUAUAGAUGCAAUGAUUAAGUUGUUCCCAAAACUCAUUCCAGAAAGAACAGCUGUUUUGGAUAGGCGAUUUGAUGAGUACAGUGUAGUAUGUAUUACAUCAAUGUUUGGAUACAUGCCAAAUCCAUUCAUUUACAAAAUUUGUGUUGGAUCAUGGGAAAUUUGUUCAGCUAUUGGACUACUGUUUAAAGACAUACGACAAAUGGCUUGUAUCAUCCUGGGAAUCAUAAUGGUUGGUGCUAUACACACAUACAUAAACUUGAAAGAGUACAGUGAGACCGUUUUCCCAGCUAUUGUGUUUCUAACAUUGUGUUACAUAUAUGGUAUGACAAACAGAACAUCUGUAUCAGAAAACACAGAAACAGAAAAAGAGAAAGAGGACUAAUGAACAUAACUUAUUGUUAUUGUAUUGUACAAUAAAUUUAUUUAAUUUCUUA